AUGCAUUCGCAGUGUGACAACAAGGGAUUGCGACAGCGAGUUUCGGGCCAGAGUGCUGGUGAAGAUUUUGAUGCCGUUCGGCACUACCACAACUCCAUGCAGGAGAAAAUUGCUGAGGAGAUGGUCUCCUCGGCAAAGAACCUGAAGCAGAAUUCAGUGCUUGCUAGACACAUUGUGAAAAAGGACACGGAGGCUGUUCAAAAGAGCGUGCAAUCUGCGGACCAAAACUACGAGGGGCUACAAAAUGAGCAGCAACAGCUUGAGGAGCACAUACGUCGCUCGUGUAACUGUUGGAUCUGGCUUAUGCUUGCGAUCGUAUUUUUUGUCUUCCUCAACAAGGUUGUCUUCAUGCGCAUUUUUCCGAAGUGAUGAAGGCUCACACGCCAUGCUAGUAACUCUAUGUACAAACAUAAAGAAUUUAUUUUCUGCGUUAAAAAAAAACACCGUUUCUUUUACUGGAAAAACUGGUCAGCUUCUCAAGAUCUGAGGACAGAGCAACGUCUUCUUGCUGCAUGGUGCAGCCUCGAGUCCAUUUUGACUAUAACAAAGAAUAUUUUGACAAUGGCGUAAGACACUGAAAAGCUGGAUGCAAAGUGUGGCAUUGUCAUUGGUUUUAUACUUCCUGGCUUGCCAUAAAGGCAUGGCUUAGACAGAAAAGGUACACAUCGCAAUGAAUUCCAUAGGCUAGGCUUAGUUGUGAGAGAUCAGUAAAACGCAUCUGCCAUCCUAUCAAGCAAGCAUGCAAUUCAUAUGAAUCUAAGCGCCAGAACAUGUGAACUUAAAGGAAGAAUAAAGAGAAAUCAUUUGAGCUGCAUUAGUAAAUUAUCCUUCCACAAUGCCAAAAAAGCCACUCUUACAGUGAGAAGAGGCUAGGAUGUGAUGGAUUUUGACGGAGCCUGCUCAGGCCUAGUUAGAUCCUUAUUGAUAAAUUUGGACUAUAUUAGUUCAAGAAGUGCCAAAUACUUUAACUUAGCAAGUUUCAGGAACAUUUACUGAGUCACAAUGAUCAAAAUAUG